CCUCGAAGAACACUCUCUGAUUCGCACAAUCACUUCAGCAUCUAGCCCAGCACGUCCACCAUGUCGGAGACGAAAGGACCGGAGCCAGAGAAGAGUCUGAAAGAGCUUGAGAAGCAGCAGGAGUUGGAAGAUGCUGCCUUUCUCGCCAACCUGGAGAAAGACUCGAAGGAAUUUGACAAGGACUCAGAGAUCGAGCGCAUCAAGAACGCUUUUCGCGCCAACGCAUACGAUGUACUCGACCUCCAGCCAGGCGUGCCGGACGAGGACAUCAAGAAGACGUACAGGAAGAAGUCGCUUCUGAUACAUCCUGACAAAACCAAAAACCCCUACGCGCAAGACGCCUUCGACCGAUUGGCCAAAGCUUACCAAGCGCUCCUCGACGAAAAGGAACGUGCGAAGCUCGACGAGGCGAUCGCCGAUGCCCGAAUGCUUCUGAUUCGCGAGAAGAAGCUCACAGUCGAUAGCGAGGAGGUGAAAGAUCCAGACAUUGAUUUCAUGAAGGCAUGGAAGGACAAAGUGAAAUGGGUUCUGGCAGAUAACGAGCUCCGCCGGCAACGACAGCUGAAGGCGCAGAUGCAAGAUGAGGGGCGUCAGAAGAAGCAGGAAGAAGCUGAGCUGGCAGAACGCAAGCGAAAGCGGGAGCACGAACAGGAUUGGGAGAAGACGAGAGAUCAGCGCAUUGGAAGUUGGCGGGAGUUCUCGCAGAAGAAGAACGGCGAGAAGGCGGGGAAGAAGAAGAAAAUGAAGACGCUUGGAUGAGGACGAGGAUAUCACGCGUUGCGCGAUGAUGAAGCACGACUGAGAUGAACAUGACGAGGUUUAGCGUGGCGUUUGGAGUCAGCAAGCGAGCCGAGUGCUC